AUGGAUCCGAAAGCAAUGAGACGGCAUGUUCGUAUAUAUGGUUUCAGUCAAUCAUACAACACAUGGAUAUAUCACGGUGAACCUUUAAUCCCUCCAGUUGUAGAUGUCGUAUCACCAAGCAACGAGAUAGCUGAUGUUAUUGACGAUGUUAUGUGGGAUUCGAGAGAAAAUGAUACAAACCUCGAUGAAGGAACCUCGAAUACAGGGGGUAGUGGUGUCGAUGAUGAUUUUGAAGAGUUGUUACAGGCAGUCGAAACCAAGUUAUAUCCUGGUUGUACGUUUUUAUUUCUUGAUUUUUUAGAAAAGCUGAUGCAUAUGAAGGUCAAUAACAAAUGUACUGAUAGUUCAUUUGAUCAACUCCUUGAGUUGUUGCAUUCGAUAUUUCUACCAGACAACAAGGUUCCCCGUUCAUAUUAUUUAGCAAAAAAGAAACUGAAGAAGUUAGGUUUGGGGUACGAGUCAAUUUAUGUGUGCAAAAACGAUUGUUUUCUCUUCUGGAAGGAACACAAGUCAUUACAAGUUUUUCCCGUUUGUAAAGAGAGUCAGUGGAUUGAUAAAAACACCAAGGGUAAGAAAGUGGCUCAUAAGGUGUUACGGUACUUUCCAGUGACCCCUAGACUACGUCGUAUGUAUUGUUCACGGUACACUUCUAAAAAUAUGAUAUGGCAUAGUACUGGGAGAUCAGAAAAUGGUGUGAUGCGUCAUCCCGUUGAUGGAGAGUGUUGGCAAAAAUUUGAUGUAGAUUACCCUAACUUCUCGAGCGAACCUCGCAACGUACGUCUAGGGCUGGCAGUUGACGACUUUAAUCCAUUUGGUAACAUGUGUAAUCCACAUAGUACGUGGCCGGUUGUACUCACCACAUACAAUUUGCCACAAUGGAUUUGUAUGAAAGAGUCAUCAUUCAUGUUGGCCUUGUUGAUUCCCGGCCCUAAAGCGCCUGGAAAGGACAUAGAUGUUUUCCUUAGGACGUUAGUGGAAGAGCUUAAGUUUUUAUGGCAAUCAAGCGUACGUAUUAAAGACACGGAAACAAACACAUUCUUCACGAUGAAAGCUAUGUUGUUAUGGACAAUAAACGACUUUCCAGCUCGUAUUAGUUUAUCGGGCUGGAGCGGACAAGAGUAUAGAGCAUGCCCGACUUGCAAUGAAGACACUCCUUCGUACCGUGCAGUAAAUAAAGUCGUUUAUAUCGGUCAUCGUCGGUUCUUAGAUGAUGAUGAUCCAUUAAGGAUGAGUUUGAAAUUUAACAGGCAACCCGAGACAAGACCCUCUCCAAGACACUUUACUAAUGAAGACAUACAAGAGCAACUAGGUCAUCUAAUACUUCGUAAACCGGGUAAACAUCCUAACACUCUCAAAGAAAACAUGGAUCGGCAAGGAUUCGAGUUGAACUGGUCAAAACAUAGCAUAUUUUUCGAGCUCGAGUAUUUGUCUUCUCUGCAGCUGAAGCACAACAUAGAUUUGAUGCAUGUGGAGAAAAAUGUAGGUGAGAGUCUUUUGGGUACUUCUAUGAUGAAUGAUAAGAGUAAAGACACAUCAAAUGCACGUGAGGACUUGAAAAAUCUGAAUAUCUGGCGUAAUCAAUGGUUGCAAAAAAAGGGUAACAUGUUCACUAGAUCACAUGCAAGCUACUCAUUCAAGAAACCUGACCGCAAAUCUUUUGUCAAUUUAUAA